AUGGCCGCGCCCUCCACUCUGACUCUGUCACUUCGGCGCUUUGUUUCCCUACCACCAUCACCGCCGCCCUCAUCUCACACUUACCAUCGCUGCUCUCUGCCGCAUCUCACGCGCAGCUACGCCUGCCUGCCGUCCGCCUUGUGCGCGGCCCCCGCCCCCGGGGCGCUCUCACCCACCUCUCUCCUCGCUCACGCCCUGCGCUCCGGCGCCGCGGGCCCCACUCGCGCGGCCAUGACAGCCGCCUCCUCCAUGCUACAUCUCUCACGUCUCUCAGUCUACUUAGUAAUCCACGGCGUCUGGUGCAUCACUCCUCUCUCCUGGCUCUACCUCUUCCUCACCUUCUUUCGCGGCGCGCCUCUGCCUCUGCCAAAGCCACUGCACGCAGGCCUCGCAGCCUACUGCGCCCUCGAGGCGGCGUUUAGCCUCUACCAUGCGUAUCUGGUGCGGCAGGUGCAGCAGCCCGGGCCGCCGCCCGUGUAUGGAAGGAGGUUUCUGCGCGGAGUGCUGAUUCGCGCACUCGAGACGGGCAUGAAUGACUUUGCGCCAUACGAUGAUGACGGCCAUGUCUGCGCGCCCGAAGCCGACAGCAACAACAGCGGCAAUGGCAGCGUGGUCACUCCUACCACUGCCUCUUCGACGGGCUCGACGGGCAGCAACAUGCAACUGCGGCAGCGUCUGGCGCCUGUCGCUGCUUCCUCCUCCUCCUCGGCUGCGGGUACGGCGGCAGGCACUUCACAGCAGCUGCAGCCGCCGAAACGGCCGCACUUUCUCAAGCAGCACGCAAGACUAAGAGCAGCAAGCGUGCUGCCGAGCUUUGUGUUUGAUCAGCCGUUGGAGGAGGAGGAUGUGCGCGCUAGGAGGUUUCGUGAUGAGUUCGCGCUCUGGUUCCAAGCUCCGCGUUCGCACAUCACUGCGCGCGAUGCCGAGCGGUGGCUUUCCUGGGCCUUAUUCGGUGUGGAUCUCGAGGUAAUCGAGGCCGAAGCCUCCUCUUCUUCUGCGCCUUCUUCCGCCGGCGUGCCGCUCUCUGCGCCCACGAGCGCCGGCGGACUGGCAGUGUGGCGCGACGCCGAGCCGAUUGCUCGCAGUGGCAGUCCCAUGCCGCCGCCUGCACGCGCAUUCGCUCCUUCGCCGGCGCCGGGAAGCGACAGUUCGGCGCGGCGCAACAAGGCGCAACUGGCCGCUCGCGCGCGGGAUGAAACGACAGCCGCAUCGACAUCGACAACGACGAGUCUGCCGGGUGAAUGGGACCCCGUCUCCGAGUCCAGACUGGACCUCAUCCUGUACUGCCGCGAACUCGUAGAGGCGAGACAAGGGUGUGCGUUCCCCAAACGAGCGCCGCACUGGGGAGCAGACGUGGGCACGGAUGAGGAGGGCUUGAAGAGUGCACCCAAGUUGAAGAGCAUGCGCUUGACGAUGGAUCGCGUGAGAGUUGAUGGCCGACCCUUGGCUUCCUACCUCGCCACCAACGCCCUCUCCCGCCUGGCACUCAUGGGCGCCGUACGGCGCGGCUUCAAGCAUGAACGCGAGGGCAGAGUGGAGUAUCUCAUCUGGCGCCCCAAGGGCUGGAGUCGAGCCAAAGCCGAGAGCGGCGAUUCGCGCUAUCGGCCCAUCGUCUUUUUGCACGGUCUCGGUAUCGGUCUAGCGCAAUACGCCAACUUUCUCUAUCGUCUCACCUCCUCUCCCGUGGCCUCGACGCAUCCCAUCCUCGUGCCGCUGUUCCCGCACACCAGCCAGGCGCUGUUUCACAAGCAGUUUCUUGCGCCCGUGGGACACCACGAGAUGGUCGAGACGCUGCGCGGCAUCAUCCAGCACGAAGGCUGGCACCGCGUGGGCAUCACCAUCGUCAGCCACUCCAUGGGCACCAUCGUCGGCUCGUGGCUCAUCAAAAGUCUCGGAGAGCUGGUGCGCAGAUGCUGCAUCGUCGAUCCGGUCUGCUUCCAGCUCUGGGUCCCUCACGUCAUCGACAACUUCCUCUACGGCAAGCCCAAGUCGCCCGUGCAAGCGCUGAUGCGCUACUUUGUCGGGCGCGAACUGGGCACCGCACAUGCUCUGCAUCGACACUUCGAUUGGACCUCCAACAUCCUCUGGCCCUCCGAGCUCGGUCCCAACCUCAAGUCAGCGCACCACGUCCGGGUCUAUCUCUCCGAGCACGACGCCGUCCUCAACGCCGCCGCCAAUCGGCGCUAUCUGCGCUCGCACGGCAUGCGAGACCUCGAAGACGGCGGCAACAUCGUGCUUGCCAAAGGCGCCGCGCACGGCGAAACGCUCAUGGCCAAUGGGCCCUUCAUGGAUCAGAUCCUCGAGUGGCUUGCGACGCCCGAUCCAGACGACGAGGUGACGAAUUAGCUCCGUGCACUUGCGCAGUGAUGCGUGGCUCCUUGCCUCGCCUCCUCUUUCCCCCCUCUUUCUCUAUAGACAGGGCACGUUUGUCCAGUGCCUCUCCCUUGCCCCCCUGCCCUGCCUCACUUCCAUACGCCCCUCACGCACGAUCCGUCCUAGUCAACAAGAUAGAGCCUUCGUCUUCACGUCUCUUGCUCAUUCUACCUUCCU